UGCUCUCCCCCUUUUGGAAAGCUAGUUCCCGACUGAAGCGGAGGGCUCUAUUGUUAUUUAUUGUGUGGCUGUGUUGCACGCUGUGCCUGCUGCAUGGGGCUGGCUGGCUGGCUAGAGAGGGAAAGAGAGUGAGUGAGGAGUAAAGGGAGGGACAGACAGACUCACUCACCCGCCCGCCCGCAGUGGGGGGAGCCCCUUAGCUGGCACCGCCAGGCCGUUUCCAGCGGAGAGCCCAAAGUUUUGUCUGCCGGAGAGCACAGGAGCAACAGCAACCUUUUGCUUAGAAGCUGGGUGCUGGCGGUGGCGAUCACACACCCGUUUCUGCUGCAACCCAAGAACUCUUCAUCUGAGCAAAUCCUGCCUGUGACUACGCUGGAGAUGAAAAGGGGUUGAAUCCCUUCCAAGACUUUUCCAUCAUGAAUGAAUAUAUGUAAUGCCCAUAGCAGGUAACCCUUUCUGAAACAUGGCACAGUGACAAUCAGUGACAAGAGUGAGGGUAAGAAGAUUGGCCUUUUUGGUUGGCUACAGCUGAAGAUUGCUUUACUGAAGCCACUAGAAAGGUUUUUGAGUCAUGAUGCAAGAAUCUGGGACUGAGACCAAAAGUAAUGGUUCAGCCAUUCAGAAUGGAGCGAGCAGUGGCAACCACUUGCUAGAGUGUGGCCUUCGGGAAGGAAGAUCAAACGGGGAGACGCCUUCCGUUGAUAUUGGUGCCGCAGAUCUAGCCCAUCUUCAGCAACAGCAGGCUCUUCAGGUAGCAAGGCAGCUUCUCUUACAGCAGCAGCAGCAACAACAACAGCAACAACAAAUUAGUGGGCUAAAAUCUCCCAAGAGGAAUGACAAACAGCCAUCCCUUCAGGUUCCAGUGUCAGUGGCUAUGAUGACACCUCAAGUUAUCACUCCCCAGCAAAUGCAGCAGAUCCUCCAGCAGCAAGUACUAACUCCACAGCAACUUCAGGUCCUGCUCCAACAGCAGCAGGCACUCAUGCUUCAGCAGCAGCAGCUUCAAGAAUUCUAUAAGAAACAACAGGAGCAGUUGCAGCUUCAACUUUUACAGCAACAACAUGCUGGAAAACAGCCUAAAGAGCCCCAGCAGCAACAGGUGACUUCCCAGCAGUUGGCCUUUCAGCAACAGCUUUUGCAGAUGCAACAACUGCAGCAACAACACCUCCUGUCUUUGCAACGCCAAGGUCUGCUAACCAUUCAGCCGGGCCAACCCACCUUGCCAUUGCAGCCUCUUGCUCAAGGCAUGAUCCCAACUGAGCUGCAGCAACUCUGGAAAGAAGUGACAAGUUCUCACACAGCAGAGGAGGCUGCAAGCAACAACCACAACAGUUUGGAUCUAUCAACAACAUGUAUCUCUUCCUCAGCAUCUUCAAAGACCUCCUUAAUAAUAAACCCACAUGCCUCAACCAAUGGACAGCUCCUCACUCCUAAAAGGGAGAGUUUAUCCCAUGAAGAGCACUCUCAUAGCCAUCCGCUUUAUGGGCACGGAGUAUGCAAAUGGCCAGGCUGCGAAGCAGUAUGCGAAGAUUUCCAGUCAUUCCUAAAACAUCUCAACAGUGAGCAUGCGCUGGAUGAUAGAAGUACAGCCCAAUGUAGAGUACAAAUGCAGGUUGUACAACAGUUAGAACUGCAGCUGGCAAAAGACAAAGAACGCCUGCAAGCGAUGAUGACACACCUGCAUGUGAAAUCGACCGAACCCAAAGCUACCCCUCAGCCUCUAAAUCUUGUAUCUAGCGUCACACUUUCAAAGACUGCAUCGGAGGCUUCUCCACAGAGCUUACCUCAUACCCCAACCACCCCAACGGCACCCAUCACUCCUGUCAGCCAGGGACCUUCUGUCAUCACUACCACAAGCAUCCACAGCGUUGGGCCUAUCCGAAGGCGGUACUCUGACAAAUACAACGUCCCCAUCUCUUCAGCAGAUAUUGCGCAGAACCAAGAAUUCUACAAGAAUGCGGAAGUCAGGCCACCCUUUACAUAUGCAUCCUUAAUUAGACAGGCCAUUCUUGAAUCUCCAGAAAAGCAGCUAACACUAAAUGAAAUCUACAAUUGGUUCACACGAAUGUUUGCCUACUUCAGACGGAACGCAGCCACAUGGAAGAAUGCAGUGCGUCAUAAUCUUAGUCUUCACAAGUGUUUUGUGCGAGUAGAAAACGUUAAAGGGGCAGUAUGGACAGUGGAUGAAGUAGAGUUCCAAAAACGAAGGCCACAAAAGAUCAGUGGAAGCCCUUCACUUAUUAAAAACAUGCAGACCAGCCACACCUACUGCUCACCUCUCAAUGCUGCUUUACAGGCUUCAAUGGCUGAGAACAGUAUACCUCUGUACACUACUGCUUCCAUGGGAAACCCCACUCUGGGCAGUUUAGCCAGUGCUAUGAAGGAAGAGCUUAAUGGUGCAAUGGAGCAUGCGAACAGUAAUGGCAGUGACAGCAGUCCAGGACGUUCUCCUAUGCAAGCAAUGCACCCUGUGCAUGUUAAAGAAGAACCAUUAGAUCCAGAUGAAAAUGAAGGACCACUAUCCUUAGUGACCACAGCCAAUCACAGUCCAGAGUUUGAUCACGACAGAGAUUAUGAAGAUGAAAAUGUAAACGAGGACAUAGAAUGAGUAUGUCUGUGGUCGGGAUCCUGUGAAUGAAGAUUGUGGGGAGGGAGGAAAAAAACACUUCAAAAUUAGCUGUGAAAUCUCUCCCCCUUAUUGUACAGUCUGGAGGAUACUCUCGGUCCAUUUUGACAGCUAUAAAAUAUGUUAACUCUUAGUGCCAUCAAGUAUCCCAUUUGGGAGUAUUUUUGAUUUUUCUACUUUUUGUUGAAAAAAAAAAGGAAUUUGUACUCUGUGCAUUGGAUGGACUUGUUUGGUACUCGGGAUUCCCUCUCACAGUCAACAUCAGUGUUGUAAAUUUAUUCAACCGAUUUGCUUACCUACUAUUUGGCAGCAGACUCUGGACUGCAGUUCUUCCAGUUUGGGACACUGAAGACAUGAAGCUGAGCAUGUACACAUAAAUUGCAGAUCAAGCCUUUCCCCAGAUUUUAAGGAUUCCAAUGGACAACAUAUUUGCACAGUAUCGCAUGUUGAUUAUCACUGCCUUUACUUUUGUUUUCUUCCAUUUGGGAUGGGGAAGUCUGUGUGUGUGCGUGUGUGCAUGUGUGUACAUGCACAUGUGAGUAUGUAUACAGAAGGGUUAAAAGAAAAUUCUCCCCAGCUUUUUAAUGUAUAGCUUUUAUUCCCCCCUCCCCCACUUCUCCUACACCGUUUAAGUUCUGACCUCAGGCCUCACUAGGGCCAGGGCCUUUUGAGGCUUAAUGUUUUCUGUACUUUUGUGAUGAAUGUUAUUAGGUGUUUUAUUAUACAAAGCUGAAUGUCCUUUGAAUUGUUUGUAGUUCUUUUUUUCUGCCAUUCAUUCCAGUUUCCUUCGGACGCCAUCACAUUUUUUUUAGCUGUGGAAAACAUUCCAUUUGGGGAUCUGUCCCCCCCCCCUUGGAAAAAAAAGGAAGGUUCUCAUGUUGCUGCUCUAAUCUAUGUGCAAAGUUAUCUCCCAAAAGAAAGCAAGGCAGUACUGCAAGUGUGAGAAUGAAAGGCAAACCAGCAGGGAAACUGUGUAGGGUGUGGAGCAAAUUGAUUCCACAAAGCAGUAUAUGUUGUCAUGAACGUUUUGGAGUUUUUCUUUUUAAUUUUGCAGCAAUGAUGGUGGUUAAACAUCACAAAACUGAACAGCACAAAAAAAACUGAACAUGCAGCACCCAACAAAUUUUAUUUUGUCAGUAAUGAAUUGCGCAAUAUUAGGAUCUUCUUUUCAUAUUGUGAGCUUUUGAGCCAUCGAAUGCUUCUUCAAUAUCUGAAAUGACCAUAUUGCGUACUAGACAUGUAUUAUGAUUUGCACUUGCAAAUAGGGAUUGUAGAGCAUUGUGUACAGUGGUUUUUUUUUAAAAAACCAAGUUAAAUAACAGUUCAAGGAUUGCUAGGUAGCAUCUAUUUGUUAGGCUAUGAAUUAGAUUUCAGGUGGAACUUGUUGGGAAGUCAAGAAGGCUCAUUAGUCAUAAAGUAUUAAUUUUAACUGGGCAAAUUCUCUUACUGCAGUUAAGAUUAUUAUGCAAUAUCACACCAACCAGUAUCAAAUAAUGUACAAUUGGAAACCUGUGGGUGAAUUGGUACUGAGGCUUCUGUUGCAAGUAAACAGUGUUCUUCAGAGCAAAUGCAUGCCGAAAACUGCUGUUAAAGCAUCAAGUACCCCUUAAUCACUGGACAUGAAAUACUUUUUGUCCUCUAACCACUUCUCUGUAGCUCACUUAUUUAUGUUGGACUAUAGCUUUUUUUUAUUUCAAAAGCCGUUUGGAUCUUAAUUUAUACUCUAUUUUGUACCCUUCUCCCCCCCCCUAAAAUUACCAAAGAAUAUUACACAAAGGUAAAUUAUGUUGUCUGUUAUAUGCUUUAUCUUAUGAAGCCAAAUAUCCUCUUAUUGUUGAUCAAAGGAGGUGAAAAAAUUUAGAAGCAAAUGACAAGAUAUGGGCUAUGGCUAACCUGAGAAGAAAACUGCUCCAUUAAUAGGGUAUAAUUUAGAAGACCAAGUAGAUGGCUGAACCAAAGUUGUGUUUUUAUUUGUGUUCCUUUACUGUGACCAAAUGAAUUACUGUAAUGAGAGAGCUUUGGAGGCUAAAGUUAGGGAACAGUAUUAAGUGGAGGGAGCAUCUAGGGGCAGCAUUCCAUCUUGGAGGGGAAAAGGAUAGUCUGUUUUUCAGAAAAAAUAGAGUAUCCAAGAAAGAUGAGACCGUUCUGUAGUGUACAGAGGACUUCCCCAACUUAAACUGGGCCAUCUAAGAAUAUUGCAUAAAAUUAUUUAUCCUUUUCACUUGGUCUUUGGACUUUACUAAUCCUAAUCCCCUUUCGUUCAAAGCUAAUGUCAGGACAGUUUAUUUUUAAUUUGGUUUAUGUGCACAAGAUUUUAGUGUGAUAGUGACUGUCGUUUUUCUUCUUUGGUCAGCAUCUUUCAUGAGGAAUAACAAUUCUGUCCCCUUGUAAACAUGGAUACCAUUUGAGUCAGUGGGAGAUUUGCCAGUAACUUUUAACUGGAUGCAAAUUGUGGGUUUUGCUGACAGUUAAAUAUUUAAAGUCUUAAUACUUUUUUCUUUGUCCUUCCCUAAUUUUUUUUUCCAUUUAAAGACGGGCAGUCUGUAGUCACUUCAAACAUUUUUGGAAAAAACCUUAUUCAGGCAGCUCCAUGACGUGCAGGAGGUAGCCAGAUGGGAUCACAAGAAGGUAUCCCCUGUGCUUCAAAACUGAGUGGUUUUGCUGAUUAGCUUGGUAUUCAAAAGGGGAUAAAAAUCUGGUAGAUUAGUUCAUUCUCCGCAUGUGUAGCUAGACAUGAGUAAAGAUAACAGCAUGAGAAACUGUUAGUACGCUUACCUCAGUUCAAACUGUUAGGGAAUGAGUAAAUAAAUUUUUUUAAAAAAUACAUUUCACUCAGUUGCACUUAGUUGUAUGUCUUGCAUGCAUAGUCUAAAGACUGUAGCAAAAUAAUAAAAGAGAAAAAAAAUUAGACUUAUCAUACCAUGCAGGUAUCACUGUCCUGCAGAAGAACCAAGAGGAAAAAAAAAUCUCAGGCUUUACAUCAAGCAAACAUUGCUAUUUUUUACAAAUUUCUGAUUCUGUGUCCCUUUGAAUAUAUUUAAAAAAAAAAACUGCUCCUGUCGGGUGGGGUUUAUUAUGUUGUACAUAUAUAGCCCAAAUGUGUCUCUGUGAGCUUUUUGUCUUUUUGGUGGGUGGAAGGUGGGGGUGGGGUGGCAGGGGGAGGAAAUGGAGGGGAAAUUCCUUUUUUAAAAAAGUCAUUCCUGAAAAGGAAUAAAUGCAUACUUGUUUGUCAAACCACCUUUUGCUUUUUGUGCAACUGCUUUAUAUUAACUAUACUUUUAAAAAUGCUUUGAAAAAAAUCCUACUGUAUGUAAUGGAAUUGCAGAAUAUGCUGCACAUGUAUUUUAUUUAGCUAUCCUUGCUUUAAAACUAUUGGAUGACAUUUGCUGACACGUGGGAGAAAAUCCCGGACUCUUUGUUUUGGUUUUGCCAGGGCUUUUUAUCUCUUUUUGGCUUCUAAAAUGUAACAUAAUUGACAGAUUAUCCCUCCCCCUCCCCCCCUGUUUUGGAUUGAAUCAUUUUGUACAGGUUUUUGUUGUUGUUUUAUGCUGUUCUUGUUUUUUUAAAAAAAAAUACUUAACUCAUCCCCUUCUGUUAUACUACCACUGCCUAUUUCUGGCUCUCAAGGGAAAAAGAAAAGAAAGAAAAAAAAGUUGUUUCAAAAAAUGUUUUCUCCUGCUUCAGUAAAUACUUUGCAUGAUGAAUUCCAAGGUCACACUUUCAAAGUUUAUCAGUGAAGUAGUCAUUAAUAAUGGAGAGUGUCAAACUUAUUUGAACUUUUUUAUAAAAAAAAUACUUUACAAGGUGCCAAGAUGUAAAGACAAUUUGUUACAUUUUUUUUCCUCUAAGGAAAGCAUACAUGAUGAAAGUAGUACCAUGUAACAGGUAAACUGUUGUCAGGAAUGAGAGUCAACGGCUACAUUUUUCACACAUACCUUCUAACAGAGACUCCUCUCUCUCUCUCUCUCUCUCUCUCUCUCUCUCUCUCUCUCUCUCUCUCUCUCUCUCUCUCUCUCUCUCUGUCACAAAGGCAUGCACCACUUCCCUUCCCAGGUACACAAGCCAUUAGCUUCAGUAAUCUAGUGUGAUAUGGGAGGAAAGAUAUUAUCUCACAGGCAGACGGACUCUGUGAUGGGAGCUACAGGCACAUGGUCCUGUGCUUCAGUUGCACAUCUCCACCCCCAUCUCUCCCAAGUACCCCUAAUGGAUACAGCCCCUAAUAGAUAGAUUGUGAUGGGUACACCAUAAGCAACUUCUUGUACCUCCAACACCUUUUCUGGAUCAGGCCAGCACAAUUCAGCAAUUCAGAUAUGUAAAAACCUACUGGAUUUCUUGAUCAGAAGCAGAAAGAAAGGGGAGAUGAGACUUGUUUAAAAGGAGGGGACAUUUUUUAUUCUCUCUUUGGAGAAUCCAACUAUAAUACCCAUAACUAGAUAUCAGGAUAGGAGAAGUAAGUGAUGGGGUAGGGUAGGGAGGGGUAUUAUUCUACGAAUAAUACAGAUCAUUAGAUAUUUUAUAUAUAAAUAUAUCAAAGUUCUAAAAACUAAUUUUAAACUGUUGUAGUUUUCAGAAUGCUGAUGGGCUACAUUCCUUAUAGCAUGGAAAGUGUAUGUUAAACUCUUUUCAAAAGCCUUUGGUACCUUUUGGUUAAUGUACUUGGACAGAGUUUUUAAGAUGUUGCAGUAAUAAUUUCUCAUUCUAGUCUUGGAGGGUUACAUUUGCAGAUCUGUUCUACAUCUUGAGCAAGCCCAGGGUUAGGUUACAGAAUUUCCCAUAAGCCUUGAUGAAAAUGGUACAGUCCAGACUGUUAGCAUGGUGCUUCAUGUGUAUGUGCUGCCAGUAACAAGAUUCUUCUUUUAUUUUUAAUUGUUUUUUGAGGCAUACAAGAAACUCAUUCCUUACAUCAACUGUAAUUCCAUCAUUCCAUGUCUGUUGAUGCAGACAAUAAAAUGUUGUGUAGUCAGUAAUUAUUACUGACAUUAUAGCAUUCUCUAAUGCAAUAAAAGUGCUGGUUGUUCACACUGGUGAUACAUGUU